GCACUUCCGGGGUCGGGUGAUUCCGGCCCGCCCCGCCCCGCCGCCGGUGCCUCGCUGGAAACUCCGGCUCUCCCGGAAGUGGCCCGAGCCUGUCUGUCGGGGUCGCCACCACCCCGCCGCUGCUGAGGGCCGCGGGGUCGGCGGCGAUGGCGGAGGCGGCGCUGCUGCUGCCUGAGGCGGCGGCGGAGCGGGACGCUCGGGAGAAGCUGGCUCUCUGGGAUCGGAGACCCGACACCACGGCGCCGCUGACCGACAGGCAGAUGGACUCGGUGCUGGAGCUGAAGGCGGCGGCAGAGAACCUGCCGGUGCCGGCCGAGCUCCCAAUUGAAGACUUGUGCAGUUUAACAUCCCUGUCGCUGCCCAUCACGCAGACGGCAGUGGUACCUGAAUCUACAGAAGACAUCCUCUUGAAGGGUUUUACUUCCUUAGAAAUGGGAGAAGAAAGAAUCGAAACUGCACAGCAGUUUUUUUCAUGGUUUGCAAAACUACAAACUCAGAUGGAUCAGGAUGAAGAAACUAAAUAUAGACAGAUGAGGGAUUACUUGUCUGGGUUUCAGGAGCAGUGUGAUGCUAUAUUGAAUGAUGUAAACAGUGCUCUUCAGCAUCUGGAGUCCUUGCAGAAACAGUAUCUUUUCGUGUCCAAUAAGACAGGAGCUCUACACGAAGCCUGUGAACAGCUCCUAAAGGAACAGUCGGAACUUGUUGAUUUGGCUGAAAACAUUCAACAAAAGCUUUCCUAUUUUAAUGAAUUGGAGACUAUUAACACAAAAUUGAAUUCUCCUACGUUGUCUGUGAAUAGUGAAGGAUUUAUACCCAUGCUGGCCAAGUUAGACGAUUGUAUAACAUAUAUCUCAUCUCAUCCGAAUUUUAAAGAUUACCCUGUCUAUUUACUGAAGUUCAAGCAAUGUCUUUCUAAAGCUUUGCACCUCAUGAAGACGUACACUGUGAACACACUACAGAGCCUCACAAGUCACUUACUGAAAAGGGAUCCUUCCUCUGUACCUCAUGCAGACAACGCCUUCACACUGUUUUACGUGAAAUUUCGAGCUGCUGCCCCCAAAGUCAGAACCCUUAUUGAACAAAUAGAACAGCGAUCUGAAAGAAUACCUGAAUACCAGCAGCUGCUAAAUGACAUCCACCAGUGUUACCUUGAGCAGAGGGAGCUCCUUUUGGGCCCUAGUAUUACCUGUACCGUCACAGAGUUAACCAGCCAGAAUAACAGAGAUCAUUGUGCCUUGAUUCGCAGUGGCUGUGCCUUUAUGGUCCAUGUGUGCCAGGAUGAACACCAACUUUACAAUGAAUUCUUCACAAAACCAACGUCAAAAUUAGAUGAACUUUUGGAGAAACUGUGUAUGUCAUUGUAUGAUGUCUUCAGGCCAUUGAUCAUUCAUGUUAUUCACUUAGAGACUCUUUCGGAACUUUGUGGGAUUCUUAAAAAUGAGGUGCUUGAAGAUCAUGUACAGAACAAUGCCGAACAGCUGGGGGCCUUUGCAGCUGGCGUCAAGCAGAUGCUGGAAGACGUGCAAGAGCGGCUGGUCUACCGAACCCACAUCUACAUUCAGACAGACAUCAUUGGCUACAAGCCGGCUCCCGGCGAUCUGGCGUACCCCGAUAAGCUGGCGAUGAUGGAGCAAAUUGCACAGAGUAUAAAAGACGAACAGAAGAAGGUACCUUCAGAAGCUUCGUUUUCAGAUGUUCGGUUAGAAGAAACAGAGUCUAAUAAUGUAACAAAAUCUGGUUCAGCAGAAUCUCUCAAUCCUAGGCCACAGGCUACAAUUUCUCCGGCAGAUCUUCAUGGAAUGUGGUAUCCUACAGUUCGACGGACACUUGUCUGUCUCUCCAAAUUGUACAGAUGCAUAGAUAGGGCGGUGUUCCAGGGACUAUCACAGGAAGCCUUAUCUGCCUGUAUUCAGUCCUUACUGGGAGCGUCCGAGUCUAUCAGCAAAAACAAGACUCAGAUUGAUGGACAGCUUUUCUUAAUAAAGCAUCUUUUGAUUCUUCGUGAACAAAUCGCUCCGUUUCACACUGAAUUCACCAUUAAGGAAAUUUCCCUGGACCUCAAGAGAACUAGAGAUGCAGCAUUUAAAAUCCUGAAUCCCAUGACUGUUCCAAGAUUUUUUCGGCUGAAUAGCAACAACGCCUUGAUAGAGUUCUUGCUGGAGGGGACUCCUGAGAUAAGAGAACAUUACCUCGACUCUAAAAAAGACGUAGACCAUCACCUGAAGUCGGCCUGCGAGCAGUUUAUUCAGCAGCAGACCAAGCAGUUCGUAGAGCAGCUGGAGGAGUUCAUGACGAAGGUUUCAGCAUUAAAAACAAUGGCCAGUCAAGGAGGACCCAAGUACACCCUGUCACAGCAGCCGUGGGCACAGCCAGCAAAGGUUGGUGACCUUGUGGCAAGUGUCUACAAGACAAUAAAAUCAAAGCUGCCUCUGACAUUGAGAAGUAUGUCAUUGUAUCUCUCCAAUAAAGAUACGGAGUUCAUCUUGUUUAAACCUGUUAGGAAUAAUAUUCAGCAAGUCUUCCAGAAGUUCCAUGUCUUGUUAAAGGAAGAGUUCAGCCCUGAAGAUGUCCAGAUCAUUGCUUGUCCUUCUGUGGAGCAGCUGAACCUCCUGCUGUCAAUCUCUAAAUAAGCAGGCCAGUCGGGCUGUGUGCGUAAACAGUCUGGCUGGUACGAGUGUCUGAGAGUCAGGCGGCCUGCAGGACGCUGAGAAAUUAGAUGUGGGACUGUCCCCAGAACCACACAGGCGUGCCACUCGGUGCUGACUGCGGCGUGAAAAGAUUGGUGUUUCCCUUCUCCACACAUCAAAAUGCCAAAGAUUAAGCCACGAGCAGUGGUAACGGCCUCAUUUAAAUGAUCGCAGGAAAUGUAAGUUUUUAAGAGGUAGUUAUGGUGGGCACGCAGUGAGAUGGUUCUUAGCAAAAGUGUGCAAUGAGAAGAGGUUGCAGCACGUAGGGCAGAGAACUUUGUGGGAAUAGCGCUAAAUAGAAAGCGUCUAAAGUAAGGCUUGUUAAAGUGUGAAACACUGCGACGCUCACCACUGAGCACUCCACAGUGACUCUUUUACUUCCGGAACUGCUAUUUCUACCCUUGAUUUAGCGUAACAUUUCUCCUGUCACUUUGAAGUUAAGUUUGGAGCAGAUUGGAUGCCUCUGGGAAUUCAGGCUGUUCUCUGCCCGUGGGUUUGGGGUGAGGUCAUUUCCGUGUGCAGGGACCUCCUGGACGGUCGCAGGACCUAGACUCCCUGAAUUGCUGAGGUACAGAACGUUCAGGAACAGGGAGCGGCUGCCGGCUCGCAAUAGAUAAAUGCAGUGUCUUUAAUGAACUGCCAUGGAACAGUCGUCAAUGUUUUUGAGUGGGAAGUACAGUGGGGCGUGUACAGCUGGCACGUGAAGGAGGGGAGGAAACCCCACGAAGAGUGUGCCUCACGCACGCGGGGAGAUGACCAGCCUGCUGGCCACCGCCCUCGGGUCAGUCCUCCGAGAAGCCAGCGUGCUCGCGGCCUGUGUGUUCGGGGGCUGUGCUGUGUCCCUGCGACAGCCGAGCUGGGUGAAGAUGCUCCCCGCCCCCAAAACCACCCCACUACGUCAGGGAUGCUCACGUAAAUCACAUGUCUAUGACUUUUCCUGCAAAUACCGAUUUCCUGAUGGGAUUGGUUUUGCCUCUGACGUUACAGUAAAAGUAGCCUGCUUUUUGGUUCCAAAGGAAUUUUGAAUUAUUUGAACACUAGCCUAGAGGUGGAACACCGAUGAGGGUUCUGGAAUAUAGCAGCAGACCCCAUUCGGCGUGACUGGCAGCAUUUCUCAUCCCCUUCAAGCAGACCCCCAGCGUACAGAUGGGUCACGACCGUAGUCUGACACCUGUCAUUUUCAACAGGUCACUUGUUUUUCAACUCAGUUUAAAUUGGUGAUGGGUGUUGCUUGAUCGAGCUUAAUACUCUAUAUUUUGGGAAGAUAGACGGUAAAGAGGGUCCAUAGUCAUUCUUUGACAUGAAAUGAAUGAAUUAGGAAGAUUGUAUUUACUUCCGCUUAUUAUUUAAGUACAUUUAAUGAAAUUAACUGUAAAAUAUCCGGUUUUGUGUAUUAUAUGUACAUUUGAUUUUUAAAAAGCCUUUUCCAAAGAAAUGAGGGCAUGGUUAUUGUACAUACUGUGACUGAUUUAUUUGAUGUACAGAGCAGAGUGUGUUCUUAAGGAUAAAAAUAUUUGACAACACUCGUUCUUGUGUUGAAUCUUUUAUUUCUGAAACAGACACCUCGCAAAGGCUGAGUGCGUGACAGUGAUCCACCUUGUUUGUGAAAUAAACAUUUGUUUAAAUCUGUACAGUUUCAAGUGUUGACUUAUAUAAAGAGUGUACAUACUUUCAAAUAAUUUAAAAUGCUUUAUAUUAUUUGGCUAGAAAUUGCUGUUUUUAAUAAAUGUGAAUUUUUUUAAAAAUAAAGAUUUUUGCUUCCUA